CUCUGGACGUGGCGGGCAUGGCUGGGGCGCCGCGGGGCCUGCUUUAUCUGGUGGCUGGUGUUUGCCUCCUCCUCCCUGCGGUGACUCUGACCCCACACUUUGCAGGGCAUCCCAUGGACAGCGCCAGCAUGAGACAGGAGCCAGAGGCCCCGGAAGUGAUGUUUGAGCUGCUCUGGGCUGGGUUGGAGCUGGAUGUCACAGGGCAGCUGCACAUCUGGGAUGAGGAACUGGCAUCCACACGGCCAGGGCGCCGCCUCACACUCCUCUUGCAGCAGCUCAUGCCCAGGGACCUGAACGGUGCUGAGCAGCAGCUGAGGCAGUUCCAGGACCUGCGGGAGGGGCCACCCCUUGGCCCCUGGGACUUCCAGCAGCUGAUCCUCACAGGCCUGUCCUGCAUCUAUCAGCUCCAUGCAGCCAGUGAGGCCGAGGAGCGGGGUCACUGGGCACAAGUCUUCACCCUCCUGACUCGGGAAGUGCUCUGGGACCUGUGCAAGGACUUCUGUCCCCAGGGCCAGCCCCCUUCACUGGGGCCCUGGGCCUCCAUCUUUGACCCUGUCUCCUGACGCCUCCCUUUCACUUGCCAUUUCCUCUUCCUCCUGACAUCUCCCCUCAACCAGAGCCAGACCUGUCCUGGAGCGGGGCUCCCAGUGACACCUGCAUCUUCCUACUCAGGCCCUUGGGCUUGGCUUGCACCUAGGUACCUCUACCCUGAUGCUUGCCUGGGUCCAGGUGGCAGGCACACAGCUAAAGGCAGGGCAUGCAGGCAGUGUGUGAGCACGCGUGUGGGAGCCAGGCAUCAGGACUGAGAAGUGCUUAACAGUGGGAAGUGAAACUGCUCUGAGGAAUCCUAGCACCCAGUCCUAAUUGCCACGUCUCUCCAGACCUGACUGAGACUUUGGCCCACACCCGACCCCAUCUGGGCCAGAGCACAAACUGGGCUUCUCUCGUGUCUGUCCAUGGACAGCAGGAAAGUAGCUGAAAGAACAUGAUGUCUAGGGAGGGAGGGAAAAUGACUUUGGUUCUAUGUCAACAAACCUCCACUAAGCGUGUCAGGAAGAAUGAGGCUGGAAGGGGCCCUCAGGCUGGCUGGGGG